AGAUUUCCAAAAUCAUCCUCGAACACCAAAAUUGAUUUCGGUGCUGUGACGAUACACAGUUGACAGAGCGGGCACAAACAAAGAACCGAGAGAUUCUAAGAUCASGCACUUCUAUUUGUGUUUGGAUAGCGACGUAGCAAAAUGAACAACUUGAUGGGAGAUGUCCCCGCGUGGGCGUUGGAGUCGGAUUCAGACAGUGAUGGGGGCAACUCGAAAGGUGGAGACAUCGAGAUGCAAGACAAAAAGGACAACGAUAGUCAAUACAUGGAUUCCUUUUUCAGCGAAGUGGACGGCAUCAAUAACGAYAUCAAGGCYGUUGCACAAGCCACGAAAAACAUCGGCAUAAUCAAUGAGCAAUCCAUGCAAGCCACAACCACAGCCGAGGAACAAARCCUCUCAAAGAAACUCGGCCCGCUCAUCGCAACAACCAAUAAAAGAGCAAAGAGGACGAAAACAUUACUGGGAUUGCUCAAGGAAGAAACAGAAAAACUCAAGGAGGGUGGGAAAUUGAAUGCCUCAAAUGUGCGGUAUGUAUCUUAUUUUAUUGUGCUACAAACAAUGGCGCCAUUCAUAGAAUGUGUUUGUGAUGGUGGRAGGAGACGAAUUCCUCGUUUCUCAUCGAAGCUUGUUCGUUGUGCUCAUCUGCGGCCUACGGUCUUCUCUCUAUAAUUUUGACAAUGUUUAUGGAACCAAAGUGUACGUGAGAAUAUGAACACUACUCUUACGAAAAAGUUCAUCGAUGAAAUGAAAGCCUACCAACAGGCGCAGCAGAAAUACAAGACGGACAUCAAAAAUAAAGUAACACGGCAGGUUCAAGUUGUCAAACCAGAUGCUACUGACGAAGAGAUCGAUCAGGUUCUGAAGAGCGAAGGGGGAAGAGAUGCAUUGUACAAGAAAACUAUUCUCGCCGGAGGYGUCAAUGAUCAAAUCAAGUACGUUUUGUUUUGUUAUUUGUGUCUACMCACUAACAGCUUCGAUACGCGCAGAGACUGAURYUGGUUGCUUCCUUUUGCUUUUGUUUCCCUUGGCUWCGCGGUGGCGUUUCUUGUACAGAACUACGUAUGCCAAAGUAGCAGGAAAAUAUCAGGAUGUUUUGACGCUAGAGCAGUCUGUUGCAGAGUUGCACCAAAUGUUUUUGGAUUUUGCUUUGCUAACAGAGCAACAGGGAGAGCUCCUUGACCAAAUCGAAUUCAAUGUAACGCAAGCAACAGACUACGUUGAGGAGGCAAACGUAGAAACGCAUCAGGCAAUCGAAUACCAAAAAUCGAUUCGAAAGAAGCAGUGUUGGAUCAUCGUGAUUGCAUCUGUAGCUGCAGGCAUUGUAAUCUACUUCAUCGUGAAAUAAAGAAUCAGUGUUUCC